ACAAAAUUUACCUGUACUGAAUGGGCGGGUGACUGGCUGGAAAUUACAGAUAUGACAGUCAAUAGUGUGUUAUCAUAACAUUGGAAUUUGUGUGGCAGAUAAUUUUAGCCUUUGUAAAUGUGUGUUGACAGUUUAGUUUAGUGGUAUUGAUAGACUUCUCAAAUGCAUUUGUUGGAUAUUGGUUACACACGCGCAUACACACCUUUACAAGGCUAAUUGAAAAUUCUGUGCUUUAUUGGAAAAGAAAAUCUGAUCAAUUCUUUGUGCGGGGAAUUGUUUUUGUUCCAUUGUUGGGAUGUUGUGGUGAAUUUUCUGUCUGGAUUUAACUUUAAAGAUAUAAUUGUGUUUAAAAACGUGGAGUGAAAUAGAAGUUGAUGGACAGAUCAUUGGGUAAUCAGGAAUUUUAUGACUUUCAUGUUGCAAUAUGAAACCUGAAUUGUCAUAAAACAGGUAGGAAUAAGAGUUAAGAUACAUCAUUUAACAUUACAAGUGGAAUAAUGAUGUAACCAUGUUUCCUGGAUGGAUGUGUUUGUGGCAGUAACUUCAUGGAUGAAAAGUGCAGUGGUUUGAAUAACAAGAGUCAGAAAUCACAGUCUAAUCUUCCUGACCCUGGCACAGCGAAAAUGUGCGCACCACAUACCUGUUAUGUGUGGGAGUGUAGGGCAGAAGAAUUAGGGUCAAAAGACAUGAGUGAAUGUCCGUCAUGUACAAUGCAGCACUCAGUGGACUGUGAACACUCUGAAGGGAGUACAGAUCGGAGUACAGAUCGAUCUUCACACAUGGUUAAUCCUUUAUGGAGCAAACAUUUUUACAGAUCAUACGCACCUGUUUUUAUGAUACUCAUUUUAUAUGGAUUAUUGCAUACAGCUGUCGCACAGAAUACAACAGAAGCAGUGACAACAACCUACUGUUUUACAAUACCGUGCCAGAACGGGGGUACCUGCAUAGAAGGGACCUCAAACUACACCUGCAUGUGUCCGCACCUGUACAAUGGCACACAUUGCGAGAUGGAUCUCAGCGUGUAUGGGUGUGGUGUGAAUCCUUGCUUGAAUAACGGGACAUGUAGUGUGACCAACACUACUUCUGGAAAGCCGUACCGAUGUGAUUGUAUAGCAGGUACAAAGGGCACUAACUGUGAGCAGCUAGUGAAUGAGUGUGGCUCCAGUCCUUGUGCCAAUGACGUGCCCUGCAUUGACUUGAUUGGCAACUUCACGUGCAAUUGUACUGGAUCAGGUUUUACGGGCCGACUGUGUGACGAGGACAUUGAUGAGUGUGACACUACCCAGGGGGUCUGCGGGACAGGCACCUGCCACAACAAUCAGGGGUCCUUCACAUGCCAGUGCCCAACGGGGCAGUUUGGACCUAAAUGUGAGGAUAUCAAUGAAUGUUCAUCCAACCCGUGUAAGAAUGGUGCCACCUGCCAGAACCUCAACUCCACGUACAAGUGUGUGUGUCCCACAGGCUUCAUAGGUACCACAUGUAGCGAGCUGGAUAGCUGCGUUAACGUCACAUGCCCUGGCCAGUACUCGAGGUGUGUGCCCACUCUGAACAACUACACUUGCCAGUGUGUUAACGGAACCAAUGGAUCAUACCCCAACUGUACGGACAUCAAUGAAUGUGUGUCUAACCCAUGUCAGAAUGGUGGCACGUGUAACAAUAACUUGAACAGCUUCAAUUGCACGUGCGCUGCUGGUUAUGCAGGCAGCACGUGCCAGAUAGACUUCAACGAGUGUUAUAGCUCGCCGUGCAGAAAUGGGGCCACAUGUCUAGAUCAGGUGAACGGCUACAUUUGUCUGUGCGUAACUGGUUUCAACGGUACAUUCUGUGAGCAAAACAUUGACGACUGUAAGCUGGGAACCACGCCAAAAUGUGUAAACAAUGGAACAUGCCUUGAUGGGAUCAACAACUACACGUGCCGCUGUACACCAUUCUUUACGGGCGCCAACUGUUCCCAGGACGUGGACGAGUGUUCAUUAGCCGUGCCGAUAUGUAAAAAUGGUGGGACGUGCUCCAACACGCACGGCAAUUACCAGUGUGCAUGCAUCGGGGACGGAGCAGGGACAUACUUUACUGGAAAGAACUGUGAGAUAAAGGUCAGCCAUUGUAACUUUCUAGAGGAUCCUCCCGCCUGUAAAAACGGAGGAAGGUGCAGUGCAGAUGAAAACAAAUAUUACUGCGAAUGUGCUUAUGGUUUUAAAGGCAACCGGUGUGAGGAGAUCAACUACUGUGAGCCGAGUCCCUGCCAGUACAACAGUACCUGCACGGACGGCACGGGCAACUACACCUGCACCUGUAUCCCAGGUACAACGGGCAGAAACUGCAGCAUUAACAUCGACGAGUGUGCAUCAAGUCCUUGCGGGGCUGGACAGUGUAUCGACUAUAUUAACAGGUUUGACUGUAACUGCACAGACUCUGGUUUCAAUGGUACAUUCUGUCAGAACAACAUUGACGACUGUGUCCUGAAUGAUCAUCCCUGUCGUAACGGAGCAACAUGUGUGGAUGGAAUAAAGAACUACACCUGCCAGUGUCACCCUGGUUACGAAGGCCGGAACUGUGAGGUGGACUUUAACGAAUGUGUCGCCACGCCGUGCUAUUUUAACUCGCCAUGCUACCAGAAGUCUAACCAGUCCCUGUACGGCCUCAAUUUCCGAGGGUUUGAUGCCAAUUUCUCGUAUGCGUCUGCUGCUGGCUUCGUCUGCCACUGUGUGCCUGGGUCUAGAGGCUUGGACUGUUCAGAAAACAUCAAUGACUGCACGCCAGCUGAUCUGUGUCGAAAUGGUACUUGUCAAGAUGAAUUAAACAAUUACACAUGCAACUGUUUCCGGGGUUACGAGGGGUUUAAUUGCGAGACAGAAAUAAAUGAGUGCACUCGUUAUAAACCAUGCCAAUAUGGGUCAACUUGUGUAGACAAAAUCGGAGAUUACAAUUGCAAUUGUGCUGCUAAGUAUAUGGAUAAGGUUUACGCUGGCAAGAAUUGUAGUGUGGAGUUGACGUCGUGUUAUAACAACCUCUGCUAUUCAAAUUCAACCUGUGUGCCUCGCUUGGUGAAUGAGACAGCAAACUUGCAGGACUUUACAUGUAUUUGUCCAGUGGGGAUGACUGGCAGGUACUGCAACAUUUCGACCGUUAUGUCCCUUGAUACUGGGUCAUACAUAUCAAUGGUGGUAAAUAAAACAUCUCAGAUAAAGCUUCAGUUUCGUACCACACUGCACAAUGCACUGCUGAUCGCUGUAAAAUCGCAAGACACUUCAGGAUACUGGGCAAAGCUGGAGCUUAAGAUGGGCGCAAUAGUUCUCACCUACGUCACAAAUGUGAACACGAUGAAUAACGUUUCUAUUGAAGAUGUAUUCAACAACGCUCAAUGGCAAUCUGUUGACAUUGCCUUCUCUGAAAACGGCAGUAUUAAACUGGUUGCGAUUGGCGGGAAAUUCUGUGCGACACCAUCCUGUACUCGCCAGGCAAAUGCCAAGGGGCUGAACUCUCUCUCAUAUGCAUACAUUGGACGGUUACCGAGCCAGACUAUGGACUCAGUGCCGUUUGUGGGUUGCGUGCAGGAUAUCAUGAUAGUGGAAACUGGCACGAAGCUGGCUAUUGGACUUCCUUCCACCGAUCGAAACCUGAGCAAUGUCGUUGAGGGAUGUGCUAGAAGACAGCAGUGUUUUGCAAACACAUGUAACAUACAUGGAGUCUGUAACGACCUCUGGAAUCGGUUUAGAUGCGAUUGCAGAAGGCCUUAUCUUGGAACUGUCUGCAAUUAUAGCUAUAUUGCUGCCACAUAUAGGAACGGAGACACAACCGAUAGCUCUGCAUCCUUCUCACUGUCUAAUGACACUCAAAAUGCUCUGAAAAUCGGCUUCAAUAUUUCGUUCUUUGUGCGCACUCGUGAGACUUUAGGAUUAAUUCUUUACUUCGGCAGCAAUUAUACGGGCAACGAUGCGGAUACAUAUGUUACCUUAGAGAUCAACAAUGGGUACCUAGCAACGCGAAUACGAAUGUGCAACUCGUCACACUACAUUCAGUCUAGGGAAAAGAGAUAUGCAGACGGUGAACAGCAUUUGGUGCUACUUCUGAAAAAUACCAACAGUUUCAGUUUGUACAUUAAUAACGCCCUUCAGAAUAUGGUGGUGACAGCGAACCCCUGCACUUUUAAUGGCAAUAAUUUAUUCUUUGGUGGUAAACGUCCAAAUCAGUCGAAGGACCGCAGAAGACGUCAAACUGCCAACGAUCAAGAUUUAUUCAACCUUCCCGCGUUUAAAGGCACAAUACAAGACGUACAGAUAGGCAACUAUUCUCUACAGUUUUAUCCAUUGAAUGAUCCAACCCUGAGUCCCCUGCGUGCCAUCAGCGUGACAGAAAGUGUGGGGCUUCAACAAGGGGAAGUUAGCGACAAUGUGUGCAAUAUGACCUCCCCCUGUCAGAACAAUGCAACCUGCGAUAACGUGUUCUUUAAUGACUUCAGUUGUAAGUGUCUCUAUGGUUUCCGAGGCAAGAACUGCUCUGAGCUGGACUACUGUGUGACAGGAACGUGUCCAGUGGGCUCAGAUUGUAACAGCCUGGAUGACGGAUUUGAAUGUAUCAGCACAGCUUUCUUCCAAGGACAAAGCAGUGUGGCUGGAUACACAAAGACCCAGCAAUUUUCCACAAUUGUUACCUCGAUUUCCUUCAAGUUCCGUACCUCUGCUAGAAACGGAAUCAUAUUCCACUUAGCCGAACCAAAUGGAAAUGGUUUCAAAGCCUAUCUUAUUGGGUCCAAGUUUGCUGUUGACUACACAAUAGACUCUAACAGUCGCCGAAAUAUGAAAUUAGAUAUUUCAGUGAGUGACGCAGUCUGGUAUAAAACGUUUGUUAGAGAGGAUAAUAAUACCCUGAACUUGCUUAUAAGCAACGAAAAUGGCGAUGCGAUUGUUAAUCUAACAACAAGUCGACCGUCGUCAGGGACAACUUUGGACUCAUUGGUUCAUAGUUUAGGGUCAGGCACUACUCUAAAACUUGGGGCAAACUCGUACCAGGGAUGUUUGAAGGAGGUUCGUCUGCAGGGUAUUCUCCUCCCAUUCUUCUUUGAUGCCCAAUUUGUGAAUAACACCAGUGUUGAAAAGUUCCUCUUACAACAAAAGACUCAAAUAAUAGAUGGCUGCGGUCUACAAAAUGCGUGUUCACAGAGCAGAUGCGCUCACUCCAGCCCGUGUGUACCAGACUAUUACUCGUACAAGUGUAAUUGUUCGGCCGGGUACAUGGGUGACUGGUGUCAGGAUAGGGUGGACUACUGUGCGGGUGUACAGUGUGUGCACGGUAGAUGUGUAAACUCCCUUGAGAGAGGCUACUGCAGUUGCUACCAUGGAUACACUGGGGCUAGGUGCGAGACGAACAUCAAUGAAUGUGCUAACCUCACGCUGUGUGACCCAGGAUCCUGUAUCGACCUCAACGGAACUUUUGAGUGCAACUGUACAGGGACAGGUUUCAUCGGAGACUUCUGCAACAUUAAAGAGUCAGCAUGUAGUGCGGGGACUGUUACAUGCAUGUAUGGGUCGUGUAGUAACGCAACAGGGAUGCCAGUGUGCAAUUGUUCGCCUGGCUACGACGGCGAUACUUGUAACAAUGCCAUCGACUACUGCAGUAAUCUCCCUUGCGAGAAUAAUAGCACAUGUAUGUCGGAUACAGCCCGUCAGAAAUACACAUGUAACUGCACAGGCACUGGUUUCAAGGGGGUGAAUUGCAGCGAGAAUGAAGACAACUGCCUGACAAACUACUGUCUCAAUGGUGGGCAAUGUGUGGACGGAAUCAACAGCUACGCUUGCAACUGUACACCUUCCAUAUUUUAUGAUGGGGCACAAUGCACACAAAAUAUCAAUGAGUGUGUGAGACUACAACCUUGCGAGAAUGGAGGUAUAUGUAGGGACAAAACUCCAGGGUUUGAUUGCGGGUGUGCAGGCACUGGCUAUACUGGUAUCUAUUGUCAUGAGGACUUUGAUGAAUGCAGUGUAGAAAACAGACCGACCUACUGUAAGAACAAUGGAACCUGCGAGAAUUUUAACGGCACAUACAACUGCUCUUGCACAGAGGGAUACACCGGCAAGGACUGCGGCACACCGAACUGCAGUGCUCUCAUCACGUCAUGCCAAAAUAGUGGAACAUGCCAAAUUACACCAGACAAUCUACAGUGGAAGUGCAGCUGUCAGGAAUUCUAUGAAGGAGUGAAGUGUGAGAUAAAGGGACCGUGCGCGGAACAGCCCUGUCUUAACGCCACCCACUGCACCCAGAACCUCACUGUAUCACCAUCAUACACCUAUCAAUGUCACUGUAAUCCAGGUUGGCGGGGUGUCAACUGUUCCGAGGACAUAGACGAGUGUACCACGGGCACGCCGUGUCAGAACGGAGCAACGUGCCAGAACAACCCAGGCUCUUAUAGGUGUGAGUGUGCCACCGGGUACACGGGGGAUACGUGCGCAGUGGAUAUAAACGAAUGUGCCUCUAACCCUUGCCUCAACAAAGGGGACUGCUCAAACCAGAUUGGACUUUACGUCUGCAAUUGUACUGAAACAGGUUAUAACGGCAGCCAGUGUGAGAUAGACAUAGACGAAUGUAAGGAGACGCCGUGCUACAACGCAGGCACCUGCACCAACACCAACGGCAGUUUCACCUGCGCGUGUGCUGAGGGAUGGUCUGGACAGACAUGUCAGGCAAAGAGUGAGGCAGUGAUGUCAGACGACAUAACGUGGUACAUAGUUGGGCCGUGUAUAGCAGUUUUUGUCAUUCUAGUUGUCAUAGGAGUGGUGGUCUUCCUAAUGUGUGUACGCAACAAGCGAGCGACCCACGGGGUGUAUAGCCCUGCCCGGCAGGAGAUCACAGGCUCACGGGUGGAACUGGGUCAUGUGAUGAAGAAACCCCCCCUGGAACGACUCAUUUAGGGCCCCUCCUGUGGCCAGCCAUACAGCUGCAGUGUGAUAGUGUGAAGUCUCCGUUGGAUGAAGACGAUGGGAUAAAGAACUGCUGUCAUGAAUAUCAUGUGAAAAAGCUUAUACGAAAGCUAAAGCAGAAUUUAUUUGCUUUUGUCCCUUUGUUGAAGGUUAACCACCACCAUGAUGGAUGAACAUUUCAGCAGACUAUUAAGUCUUUCACCUUGGAGGUGUAUUAUGGGUUGUGGAAUUGUGGAAUACAUUAAUACGUAAUCACGGACCUGUCCACCAAAUUGCAUUUUGUGCUAUUUUCCUUUUUGUACUGUGCAGAUAUAAAAGUAUUAUAUUACUGUGUAACCGCUUACUUUCCUGUUGUUUCCAUUUGGGUUCCUUUAAGAGGAUGAAAUAUUCAAAACAUGUGCCAUGUUCAAAAUUCUUUCGUUUGUGGUCAGCAGACAAUAAUCCUCUAAGCUCAGUUUGUGAUAUCAAUAAACAUGUUCUUAGCAUUUAACUCUAUAAAAUUGUAUUCAGAUAAUUAUAAAUAAUGCAUCAAUUUAUUUUCAUUAAUUUUGUUGUACUUAAUGAAAAAAAUGUUUAUUAAACAAAGGACAAGGUAAACUUUUAUGAGUGAUAGACAUACAUGAUAUGCCUGUUUAGAGAUAUGCCAUCAAAGUGUGGGUUUGGAAACUAAAUAUUUGAUACUUAGAAUGUUUUGAUAAUUGAAUGAUGUCAUAUCAUAAGAUUAUACCUACUCAUCUAUAUUAUGCAAUCAAAGUAUUGAAAACCAGUUACUAGUAUAUUUAAUAUUUAUAUGUGUUAAAGCGGGUAUAUACGAUUUUUUACAUGUGUUUAUUUGUAAUAUAUUGAUCAAAUAUGUUACAAUUACACAAAAUAGACAAGAAAAAGUAUGCAUUAAAGCCGAAUUUCAUAAAAUGCAGCAAAGACAAAUUAGCGGCCCGAGCCGAUUGUGACAAACAUAUUUUCCUACAAUAACCAAAGCAUUCGUUUUUGUAUUAGGAUUGGAGUUAGUGUUCGUGUGUCGUAUGAAUAGAUAUCGUUGCAGAAAUUCAAAUAAACCGUUAAACUAAGUUUAGAUUCACAUUGUACAUGUAUGAUAUACAUGCUGGCGAAUUCGGCUGUACAGCCGUUUUCAAUUUGAGAAUUAAAUAUCUGGCUUAUUUCGCAUUUUUCGACACAUGUUCUUCUUAACUUUUAUUUUAAUUUGUAUUGAAAUAUAUAUAUAAUUAGUUUUUUUACACAUUUUAUAUAAAUUCAAAAAUAUUUGACAAAAUCGUAUAUACCCGCUUUAAGUGUGAUGUUUAAAAAGUUUUUGUAUACAUAAUUGUAUUUAUAGAUCCUUACUUCCUAUCAAACCUUGCUUGAUUUAUUUUGUAAUUGGUGAUCAAAAUAAUAGUUUUAUAAAGACUAAACAACUAUUGUAAAUAUUGGGAAUAAUAUUAUGAAAGAGAGCACCAAAAUACUGGGAAAAUAAUAAUAUGAGCCCGGCUGUUGUUAAAUUUGUCUUAAUUCAUGAGCGGAUUUCACAGGCUAUUCUGAGACGACACUUUAUGCACAUGAACGAAGCAUUCCUUUGCCAUAGACUCAAUGAUAUACUUCAUUCUGUGUAAUAUUAUAACUAUAAGGCAGGGUAGUGUGAUUUUGCUUUGACAAAAAAACUUUGAGAUUUGAAGUGUUAAGCUAUAAUUAUUUGCUAAGAAACUUCAUUUAAUUUGUAGGAUAUUUGUUUUCAUUUCGAGCUAACAUAAAAACAUUGAAAUUCUUGAGAAUAGUUUUGAAGAAAUAAUUUAAUCAUACAAGCAAAGUCAAGUGUCUUUUUUGUAUGAGGCAAAUUUGUUUACAUUGAAAUCUAAAUUUAUCCCGUAUUCAAAUAUUUAUUUUCGUCUGUGUAAAUAUUCAUAUAUUGAAACAUUGGGCGUUGUUUCAAUUACAGUCUUAUGUAAGGAAGUCAUAUUGACAAAAUCUCAUUAUCUUUGCCUGUGUAAAUUGUAUCAUUCUUUAAGCACAGGAUUUGUAUAAUGUACCGAUAUUGUAUAAUCAAAUUGUAUGUUUGAUAUUACUAAUAGUCUGCAGGAUUUUGUUGAUACAUUAUUUUAAAUCUUAUCCAAAGUGUUGCAAAUUUUAUCAUCAUUUUGUUAAGAAUUUUGUUUUAAUAUUUUACCUAUGUAAAGCCUUGUCUGGUUUAUUAAAUCACGUUUUAAAGGACUGAAAUUCAGACUUAGUUGUUAUAAACUGAAAAGUAAGACCCUAUUUUCGAAUAAUGAAAUGUUGCAGUUGGAAUGUAAGAAAUUAAAAAUGCUUUGAUUUAGGAUUUGGUCAUGUAACUUAAAACAUUUUGACAACCUUGAAGAAUGUAUCAUUGAUAUGUUCAACAGCUCUGUUUUACAAACACACAUUUCACUUUUUAAUUAUUCGAAAUUUAAGUCAAAAAUAGGAGAGGAAUCUGUAUAAAUAUAGACUUGGGGGAAGAUACCAUUAAAAGAUUCAUAUAAAGUAUUUUUCUAAGAUUCAAGUAUUGUUUUAUCUUGCCAGUAUGUAUUAUUUCACAAGUCUGUAUAUCAGUGAACAUUUUAGUUAGUAAAAUCCGUGUAUGGAUCCAUUUACAGCUUUAGCCAACUCUGAAAUAUAUCCAUUAAUGUUGUUUGAUGAACAUGGAUAUCUGAAUAAUAAAAUGAGACAGACUCUGGGAAAACAGGGCUUAAUGUAUGAGGGUGAAUUGUCAUCCCUGGUUAGCCUGUGCAGUCUGCCCAGGCUAAACAGGGACCACACUAUCCAUAUUUAUAGAUUGUUCAUUUUGAAGGAAGCUUGUGCAAAAUAAACAUCCAGUCUAGGCUGAAAGUGUUGUUCCUUAUUAGCCAGGCUCAUCUGGGACAACAUUUAAUUCACAUGCAUAAAGCCCAUUUAAUUCACAUGCAUAAAGCCUAGUUUUCCAAGACCGAGGAUCAUAUAACUAUUGUGCUACUAGUAUUUAGUUACAGUUUUCACAUUUGUGUCAAUAAUUAUUUCUAAUCAUUGCGAUUAUUUUGCAGAUAUUUGAAUGUGUUUUUUUUUCAUUUAUCUGUCUAUGUUAUACUACAGCACAUGAUAACAAACGGUUGAUUCUAUUCAUACAUUCACAAAAAUAUUAAUUUCAAUAGUUUGAAACAUAUCACAUAGUAUUGUAACAUAUCAGAUAGUAUUGUAACAUUCCAUAGUUUUUUGCUGUUAAGCAUGUUUUGCUGUAUGCAUGCAUUUUAUGCAAUUAAUAAUUCUGUUGUUUGUAAAUUUAUCAGAUGUUCAAUUUUUGCGAGUUAAAAAAAGUUAAUCUAAUGCACAGGCUAAUCUGGGACGACACUUUAUGCACAUGCACUAAGCCCCAUUUUUCCAAGGCAAUUGUGUGUAACUGAAGUCACUCGCACUAACUAUUAAUUACAUCAACACAAUUAUGUGUUCAAAUUGUUUGUAACAGAGAAUGUCUUUAAUUCAUUAUUAAUGAUGACUUCCGUAAUAUUCACGUAUAUUUCUUCACAGUUGGAAUAAAAUGGUAUGUAGCUAAAAUAUUUUACAUAUUAAUUUUUUUAAUGAUGUUGUUUAUUUUAAAAUAUGUGUACAUUUUAUGUUCCUGUAUCAUUAUUUUGUUGUGAUAUAUUGAAGGCCUAACUACGCCUCCUUUGGAAUACAUAGCUUAUAUAUAUAAAUAUAUAUUUUAUCAUAACAUAUCAUGAACUUUAUAUGUAUAUAUUUUACAUGAACUGAAUUUAGUCUGUAUGUAUUCACAUUUAUAUAUAACUCAUACAAGCUGUGUAGUUGUUUGUAGAUCAUGGUUUCAUAUAUAUCAUUAUAAGUCAUUCCCACAUAUUUUGAUAAUGUUAUAUAUUAAGUCUGAAGAAAAAAGAACAUGAA